AGACAUUCAUAUUUUCUGCUUCACUCCACCCUCUUUUAACAAGUGUGCUGUAGUGCUCUCGUAAAUCAAAGCGAUCGCUCUUAAAAAAAAAUGUCCUUUUCUUAGAUUAGCUCAUUAAGAUCUUUGGCUGAGCUACACAAAGAAUCCCUGUCAGAUAACAUAUCAGAUCCUAAAUCAGGCUGAAUCUGUCUCAAACUCAUUAAGCCGCCUUCUACAACAGUGAAUGAUAUUGUUUGAGUGGGCAAAGCACUUAUAAUAUAAUUAACAUUUACUUCUGCUCCCGACAAAGCUGUUCGAGUUUCAAUGCCGAGCACUUUUACAGACAUAAACAUCACUCACACCGACUGCUUUCCUUCCCCCCUUGUGCACACAGUCUCAUUUUGAUAGAAAUCGAAGUCGCUCCAUGAAUAUUAAUUGGCACCAUUAAACAUCUUAACUGGCUUGUUUAGGCCACGGUGGCCUUCACAUUAGCACAAGAGGGAGAGGGUCACAGCUAACAUAUAUCUACAGGGCUCAUUACGGGAGAAACCAUGUGGCAGGGAGCAGAGCGCUAAUUUGGAGUGGUACUGAACGGAAGUCAUCAUGAGUAUUUGUGUUGAGUGUGUGUGUGUGUGUGUGUGCGUGUGUGUGUCAGGGCGGUAAAAAAAAACAGAAAUAAAUAAUGACCCUUCUGUCAGCUUGACCUUCACCUGUUACCAUUCGUCUGUCAGGGGUGUUAUUACCGAGCACGGCAUUGGUUUACCACCAGCGCUCCACAACAACAUGAAGGCAUGAGGAGGCAGGGAGGCUGGAGAAAAGAGGGGGGGAAAGCUGACAGAUGAGUGGAGUGAGGCACAGAGAGGAGGGAGUGGCGCAGGAAGGCAGGAGCAGCUUGCCAGUGUGUUUGGGAGAAAGAGAUCAGAAAAUCCACGAGAAUCAGCUCAAAAAGGAGGAGAGUCGUCCCUCAGUGACAGAACCAACCAGAGGAGAGGGGGGUGGAAGCCCUCUUUAAGAUCCAGUGGAGCUGUGGAGGCAGAGAAAGACAGAGAAAGACAGAGCGACGGGGCUUGACAAGACCGUGAAACAAACAGAGGACUGUUAUUUCUCUGGGGUUUGUUUGACCAGACUGGUUUCCACGGUGACAACAUGGGUGCAGUGGUGGGCACUUUGACCAUGCAGACCAAGCAGAGGAGACCGUCCAGAGAUAAAGCAGAUGACGAGCUGGAGAUGACGACAGUGUGCCACAGGCCAGAGGGCCUCGAGCAGCUGGAAGCCCAGACCAACUUCACCAAACAGGAGCUGCAGAUUCUCUAUCGCGGCUUCAAGAAUGAAUGUCCAAGUGGUAUGGUGAACGAGGAGACGUUUAAACACAUAUAUGCACAGUUCUUCCCUCACGGAGAUGCAAGCAUGUAUGCACAUUAUCUCUUCAAUGCGUUUGACACCACAAACAACGGCUCCAUCAAGUUUAAGGACUUUGUCACGGGUUUGUCCAUACUGCUGCGAGGAACCCUGAGAGAAAAGCUCGAGUGGACGUUUCACCUGUACGACAUCAACAGAGACGGCUACAUAAACAGAGAGGAGAUGACUGAGAUCGUGAGAGCCAUUUAUGACAUGAUGGGCAAGUACACCUACCCUGCGCUAAAAGGAGACGUCCCCCAGCAGCAUGUGGACGCCUUUUUUCAGAAAAUGGACAAAAACAAGGAUGGAGUGGUGACUUUAGAGGAGUUUGUUAUAGCCUGUCAGGAGGAUGAAACCAUGAUGAGAUCCAUGCAGCUGUUUGAGAACGUGAUGUAGGAACAAGACGAGGUGACGGAGACAAAGAC